CGGGGAGAGCAGCCGCCGUGCGGGCACCGAGCGCGCCCUGGCCCCGCCGCAGCCCGAGCCCCGGGCGGCUGCGGCUGCUAUGCGGCUUCGCGGCGUACGGCCUCCACCGGGUUUGCGCCGACGCCUGGCGGAAGCUGAACGUUAACCCAAGGCUGCCACCCCCUCCAGAAGGUGCCCGGUUGGUGAGGGACUGGAUGAUGUGCCAGCCUGCAGCCACUGCCUGUUGAGCCUGCAGAGGUUUCGACGCCUGCCCGGGACACGAUCACUGACAGCAGCAGCACCCUGACCCCCGACAAGCAGCCCUGUGGCUCCUGCCAGAGCCCUCAAGUAAAGGAGCUGUCAGGUCAGGGCUGAGGGCUUCAGGGGGCACACAUCCUUCUGCCCCGACCCAGCGGCAAUUCCUGCCUUGACUCACCUGCGAACCCUCCACCGCCCUCACCCCUCUGGCAGCCCCCUCCCAGGGCUGCUCCCCACCCCGGCACUGCCCAGCCUUGGCCCCUCAGCCCCGCUGGAGCGCAGCAGCCUGCCGGGUGCAGCCCCCAACCCCUCCCGGGUGCUGCCCCCGGGGUGCAUUACCCCUCGCCCCCCUGGGGACCCUCCGCCCGCUGCCGGCAGAGCCAUGAAGCUGCAGGCGGUGAUGGAGAACCUGCAGCGGCAGCAGCGCGCGCGGCUGCAGCAGGCGCUGGAAGCACGGCAGCAGGAGCAGCAGCAACGCUCCACGACGCCCCCGGCGCAGCCCCCGACGGCCCCGGGGCAGCCCCCCACCAGCACCCCAGCACGGGGCCGCGGGCAGGAUCCAGCCCCUGUGCCCUCAGAAGAAGGAGCGGAGCCUGAGAGCGCACACAUCCAGCGGGCACAGAUGGCUGCCCUGGCUGCCAUGCGGGCAGCGGCUGCCGGCCUCAGCCACUCGUCCAGCCCGGGGCUGUCAGAUGAGAGCCAGGCCUCAGAGGAGGAGGAGGAGGAGGAGCGUGGGGAGGAUGAAGAAGAGGAUGGUGGAUACCAGCAAGAGAUGGGCUCUGAGGAGGAGGAGGAACUGAAAGGCAAGUGGGACGAAGAUGACUUUGAAGAGGACAUGGGUGAGGAGGAGGAGGAAGAGGAAGAGGAGGAGGAGGAGGAAGAGGAAGACUACGAGGAGGAGGAAGAAAUGGGAGAGGAAGGGCUGAGCUCGGCAGAGGCGGUGCGGGCCGGCGCGGGCUCCCUGCUGCUCCGCAAGCCCCCAGCACCCCAGCACUACCGGGGCGAGCCGCAGAGGCUGCCGGGGGGGCAGGAGCGGCUGCCCUCUGGACUGGGCCACGCACAGCCCCCGCCCCCACCCCCUGACCACGGCGACUGGACCUAUGAGGAGCAGUUCAAGCAGCUUUAUGAGCUGGAUGGUGACCCCAGGAGGAAGGAGUUCCUGGACGACCUCUUCAGCUUCAUGCAGAAGCGAGGGACCCCUGUCAACAGGAUCCCCAUCAUGGCCAAGCAGGUGCUGGACCUCUACAUGCUGUACACACUGGUGACAGAGAAGGGUGGCCUGGUGGAAGUCAUCAACAAGAAGCUGUGGCGGGAGAUCACCAAGGGGCUGAACCUGCCCACCUCCAUCACCAGCGCUGCCUUCACCCUGCGCACACAGUACAUGAAGUACCUGUACCCCUACGAAUGUGAGAAGCGAGGGCUGAGCAACCCCAACGAGCUGCAAGCAGCCAUCGACAGCAACCGCCGGGAGGGUCGCCGGCAGGGCUUUGGCAGCUCCCUCUUCACCUACUCGCCCGGUGGCACCCAUGGCCUCCUCUCCUCCCCCAAGCUGCCAGUGCCAGCGCUGGGGCUGGCCUCAGCCACCAACGGUGGCUCCAUCGCUCCCGUCCAGAAGAUCAAGAAAGAGGAGGACUCUGCCAUCCCCAUCUCCAUGCCCAGCCGGCUCCCAGUCUCCCUGGCCGGCCACCCGGUGGUGGCAGCCCAGGCGGCUGCGGUGCAGGUGGCAGCGGCCGCCCAAGCCGCGGCGCUGGAGCAGCUGAGGGAGAAGCUGGAGUCGGGGGAGCCCCCGGAGAAGAAGAUGGCCCUGGUGACGGACGAGCAGCAGCGGCUGAUGCAGAGGGCGCUGCAGCAGAACCUCCUGGCCAUGACGGCCCAGCUGCCCAUGAGCAUCCGCAUCAACAGCCAGGGCACCCGCUCGCCAGAGAACCGCCAGGACUCGGCCGGCAGCCUGAGCAGCAACGGCACCAACAGCAUCAGCAUGUCAGUGGAGAUCAACGGUAUCGUGUACACAGGUGUGCUGUUUGCCCAGACGCCAGGCCCCUCCUCCUCAUCUUCCUCCUCCUCCUCCUCGCUCCCCUCCUACAGCAAAGGCAAUGGAGGCAGCAGCAGCCGGAGCAGCGGCGCUGGCGGCGCUGGCAGUGGGGUGGGCAGCGGUGGCGGGGGUGGCACUGUGCCCCCCCCAGCGCCAGCCAGCCUGGCUGUGCCCCCCAGCUCUACCUCCAACAACACUUCGCCUUAACACCCCCAGCCCCUGCCAGUGCUGGCAGCCCCAAGCCCAGCAGCCAGAGGGUUGGGGUCUCACUGGGGUCUUGGCCAGGGUCUGGCUGGGA